GUGGUGGGUCUCCUCUAAAAUAUGGUGACGGUAGCGAUGACUGAUCAAUGCGCCAGGCUUGUGAACAGCCGCCGGUUGCGGUGAAUAGUCGAUCGUUUGAUUGCCAACGUUCCGGUUUUGUUAGUAAUUGUUAUUUUUCUUUUAUAGUUUUUUUUUCAAAAGUUGUACCUAUGUAAUUCACUCUUUAUUUUAAAUUUUCCUAAUUGAGCUAUUUUGUAGAGAAACCUGUAAGUAUUGGUCAAGAUCAGCUGAAACAAAACAUAAUAUCAAAAAUUUAAUUUUUAUUUACUGAUACAUAGGGCACACUAAAAUUUUUGCACUUCUAACCGGAAAAUCGGAACUAUUUGAAUUUCAAAUUUUAUAUUUUUGAAACGUUGCAACCUUCUUAGCAAUAAAAAGAAAUUGGCGAGAAAUCAUUUAUCAAUUGUUUUUUAUCACACAUCAAAGUUCUACGUACGCAACGAAAAUGGAAUUAGGUCGAAAAGAUUUUAGAGCGAUGAUUUUUUAUGAUUUUAAAAGUUCUCUCCCUCCGCAAGACUGCCGCUCGUCUUCAAAAUGCUUUUGGGAGAGAAGCACCAUGAGGCGAUGGUUUGCUGAAUUUGAGAGAGGUUGGGUUUCUUUACAUGACGAAUUUCGUGAAACUGCCUUUCAAAUAAAUCAACGAAAAUAAUGUGGCUUCUAAUUGAAGAAAACCUAUGAGACAAUUCGAGGACUAUUGAGGAUUGGUAUGAGCAAAAUUCAGAAAAUUUUACAAGAAGAAUUAAAAGUUCGGAAACUUUGUUGUCGUUGGAUCCCUCAUGAACUGACAGCAGAGCAGAAGCGGGCUCUCGUGGAAUGGUGCUCACAGAUGCUAAUGAAGUACGACCACGUACAUUCUAAUGCUGUUUAUGACAUUGUCACUGGAGACGAAACGUUGAUUUAUUGUUUUUAACCCGAAAAAAAGCUUGUGAAUGGGUGUAUGAAAAUGAGAACAGGCCAACAAAAGUGAGAGGGCGAGGAAAGUCAGUAAAAAAAAUAUCGCAUCCUUUUCUCCGCUACGGGUCCCAUCUACGCAAUUCUACUUGAAGAUCAAAAGAGUGUUAAUGUCGAGUGGUAUUCUACCAUUUGUUUACCCAGGGUGUUAAAAAAAGUUCGUGAAAGACGACCAUAAAGCUGCGUUCUCCUACAUCAUGACAACGCUUCAGACGAGGCAAAAAAAACUAAGUCAUUUUUAGUUUCCGAAAAAGUACAACUCGUCACCAAUCUUGCACAUAGCCCCGACAGAAAUCACAGGGUCUAGCACCCUGUGAUUUCUGUAUUUUCCCCAAAAUCAAAUAUUUGAUGAGAGGUUUCACUUUUACCAAUUCCGAAGAGGCAGUGAUAGCGUUCAAUCAGCACGUAGAAAACAUGCCUUCAGAUCUGUCCUCCUGUUUUAAAAAAUGGUUCGAUCACAUGAAAAGAUGUUUAAAACGUAAAGGUGGGUAUUUUGAAAAGAAAUAACAAUUAUAUUUUGGUUAUAACAUGUUGUUUUUUUUUAAUUUACGCAAAACUUUUGGUGUGACCUACGUAUAAGUACCGGGUAGACAUGUCAGUUAAUUUACUACAAACUGUUUUUCAAUUUUAAGUUUUAUUUUAUUUGUUUGUGCUAUUACUUUGUAUAAUUCUAUAUCUUAUAUCUUUUCAGUAAUGCCAGCAGUAAUGAAUAGAAAACCAGGUAAUAAUAUCAUUGAUUUCAAAUCUUAUAGGAGAAAGAAUAGUGUUUUGAAUAAAACUAAACGCAGAGUGGCUACACUGCAAUGUAUUAUUGGGGAACGAUUUGCUUGCCGUCAAUGUGGUAAAAAUUUUUAUUCUCAAAGUGGACUCAGGAGACAUAUUAGAUUACACACAGGGGAAAGACCCUAUUCAUGUAAAAUUUGUGGUAAACUGUUCAAUGAUUCUGGUAAUAUGAAGACUCACUUUAGAUCACACACAGGAGAUAAGCCAUAUAAGUGUACAUUGUGUGAUAGAGCGUUUAGCCAAUCCUGUAACUUGCAAAGACAUGUGAAAUCACACAUGGGCUUGAAAUCUUAUUCAUGUAAUUUUUGUGGAAAAUCAUUUGUUGCAUCUAACAAUCUGAAGGCACAUAUAAGAAUACACACGGGGGAAAAACCAUUUAUUUGCAAUGUGUGUGGCAAAUCAUUCAGUCAAGGUAGUAGUCUUAAGAGUCACAGUAGAAUACAUACCGGUGAAAAGCCUCACUCUUGCAGAAUUUGCGGUAAGGGAUUUAUUCAAUCGUGUUGUUUAAAAAAACACUACGAAGUACAUGAAGGAGUAAAGCCGUAUAGCUGUAACUAUUGCUCAGUUAAAUUUAGACAAAAAGCUUCACUUACCAAACAUUUAUCGAAGCAUAAUAUUAAAUGUACUUCUAAAACGGGCAGCAUUAGUUGAAAAAGCAUCUAUGUACUUAACAUUCAAAUUCGUAAAUUUUCCUCUUUUUGUGUUCUUUCUUUCAAGUUGAAGAUAGGCUCAAACUAAAUUGAUAGAUCCGGUAUUUUUCAUUGUAAUGUCAUAACUUUAGCACUAUGGGAGCUUCAGGUAAGAAUUAUUUCUUAUUGGGGAGCAGUUGCAAAAGUUUCCAGCUGUAAGUAAUAAAUAACAUUUCCGAAUCCCUCCAGAAUGGAGCUAGUGUAGCAAAAUGGUAUGAAAUGAAUUUUGUCAGUGUUGACAGAGUGCUGAGUAGAAAUUAAAAAUAGUUUUGGUGAAUUCAGUAGUUUACACGUGAUAUAUGUCAAAGAAGAUAACUUUAAUAUGUUUGAAAAAGAUACUAUUAUCUGUUUACAUAUCAUUUUUUAAUUCGUUUCGCUUUCAUAUGGUUUUACGAACUUUUGGUUACAUGGACAUUGGACAUUUGUGUAUUUAUGUUUGUCGACCCUUCAUAGUAUGUAGAUUGUAAAGCUUGCAAGGCUUUCUAUGGAAGAAAUAUAUUUAAAAUAAGACUGAUAAUAUGUACCUUGAGGUCGCACAUUUUUGUUAAAUGAAUUAAUUAUUAUAAAUAUGAGUUACUUGCAAAUAAACGAUACGCGGCAAUCUUAGGAAUUAUAUUAAUGCGUUCGGAGCAUGAAUAGAACUUUGCCAGACCGAGAGAUUUAUCCGUCCACGGAAUGCCGUGUCUUCGACACUGCGGAAAAAGAGUAGCCAAAGUAGUAAGUAUUCAGUCCAAAUGAUGUCGAACUUGGAAUCCACUUAGACUUUGGAGUGACUGGGAAUAAAUCUUCUUAUUGAAAGAUUAAAUUUAUAUCUAGAGACACUAGCACUUGUAGCUAUUUCUAUAUGUGAUGCAGGUUCUUUCGUAACAUCCGGGAAGCUUGAAUCGGAUACUUGUUUAUCCAUGGAAGGCUGUAAUAAACAGCAAAUCUUCCAACUUGUAGCAUCAGGACUGUGGUAGGUCGUACGUGUAAAAUUUGUAUAAGACCGGUCCAAAUACAGAACCCUGCGGUACCCCUGCCAAAAUUUAAUGGUAGUUCGAUGUACAACCGUCUUCUUUUACCUUACUUUUAUAUAUAUUGUAUAUAAUAGUAUUAUAUCAGGCCUAAAAAGAAAGUUUAAGGUAGUAUUUUUGUAAUUUCAAGCAGCAUACCUUUAUGAUAGACUUUAUCGAAGGCUUGCUGUAAGUCAUGAAAAGCUGAGAUUUUUUUUUCUCGAAAGUUUGUGUAUCCUGCACAGUCUGUGGACUUUUUCAACAGUGGUGUGUUCUUUUGGAAACCCAACUGAAGAUGUGGGAUAAUUCAAUGUGCUUAAUAUUCAAAAAUUGAGUAUGAGCUGGUUAUCGACUGUAGAUGAAGCAUAGUAGAUCCUGUAGGUGAAGCGACAACCUGAGAGUUGAACAUACAUUAGAAUCGAAUCAGAAUUAGUCCAGCGUCAUUCAUAAAUUUUCCAAAAAUGCCAUGGUGAGAGUUAUUACUUUAAAAAAUAACAAAUUGUUUAAUGUUUUAUGAUAUGCCUAAAAUGUAAGUUUAAAUCAUAUGAAUUAAAAGUUUAGCUCGAACUGAGGACACUGUUAGAGUCGCAGUGUAUAAAAUCGUUAAUAUUAAAAUUCUUAUAAAUUCUCAAAUUGUAAAAUAUCUCAGGAUUUUACAUAGGUAAUCAGGCGUUUUCUCGGGACCUUAGUAUAUAUUACAUAAACAUUAUUUAAGAAUGGGAUCAUUCAAGUACUCAGACAAAGUUGAAAUAAUUUUGUUGCUAGAGGUAUACGUAAUACGCUAUACGAGAUGGAUAUGAAAAGGAUGCUAUCCGUAAUCUAAUAAUUGCGAAGAAAAUAAUUGUUUAUAUUGUUGCGAAUUAUAUUUGUCAGUGUAUCUGUCACCUAUAUUUACUUACCUUUCUAUCUUGCUGUAUUUUCUCUCUUUGAGAUGUUCUCUCGGAUGCAUUGUUUGACUAUGCUCUAGUAAAUUGUAAAUGUGUUUUGUAUGAAAGAGAAGGACAAACAAGCGUUCGGGUCACCUGGUGUUAAGAGAUCACCGCCGCCCACGUUCUCUUGUAAAACCAGAUGAAUCACAGGACCGUUGAUGGUCUUAAAUUUUAACUUGCGGUUAAGUUUACUAAGUAGAAAAUUUAUUCAAUGGAAUUUAUGGAAUGGAAAUCCAUAAUUAUCCAAAUGUUUUGAGCCUUCUUGAGUGUAAAUUCCGUAAGAUUCGUCUUCAAUAAAUUCAACACGUGUUUCGCCUCUACACGAGUCAUCCUCAGGAGAUGUUGACUUGCCAAAUUCUGGCACAUAUAUGAGGAAUUAACACUCACGACUGCUCACAACAUUUGAAUAUGUACUAAGUAGUCAUUUAAUAUUUAUUUUUAAUGUUAUAUUGUUUCGUGAUAUUGUUUUCCAUGUUCUUGUAUUCAAAUUCAAUUAUUUUUAUUUUAAUAAUUACAAUGAAUUCAAGCGCACCUAUUGUACAGUAUUUUAUUAGGUUAAAUUUUUUGUCGUUAAUUUUAUCUGAAUGAGUUCAGGUGCUUAGCCAUUGAUAAUUUAUACGUCUAGAUAGAGCUUCUUAAGACAACCGAUAAAAACAAGCCAGGAAUAUUAGUUUAGUGUGCGGGACAAGCUACGUCUUACACUCGUGCUUUGUAUGUCACUUUGUGCGUGCAUUGCUCAAAAUAGAGGGUAGUUCUAAACUCACGUUUUCGAAGUUUUCACAGCUGUCAUAGUCUAUCUAGACGUAAUAAUGAUCUAAGUGCUAAGCUAUGCCAUGUUCGCUGAAAUGUGGUGGUGAAUUGUAAACUGACUGACUUUUAUAAGUGUCAUUUGACAUACUGUUAAUUGAUUUUUUAUUGAACUCAGAGCAAUGAUAUUCUCUUUGGUCAAAUCAUUUUUGUACUUGAAUGAAUUUUUAUAGCCAAUUGUGUCUAUUUAUAGAUCGUCCUCGACAUGGACAACCGUUUUUUCCUCCCACCAAAAAUUGUUUAUUAAGCCAAAUAUGUGGUGUAUUGUCGAUAUGGUGAGCAUAAUAUUAUAAUUAAAUGAACUAAUUUUAAUGAAUUUGUGUGUAUGAUGUAUUUUGAGAACUUGUUUGGAUAAUGUUGUGUUAAUGAACUUAUUAAUAAUAGUAUAAUUCUUUUAAUUUGUAUUUCUUUUUUAAGUAGCUCAAAUGUAUUAAAUGAAUUAAUGUACCUAAUACUAA